GCGCGCGAUAACAAUUUGUUUUUCAAAAAGUUCAAGGUGGGAACGAGGUCAAUUCCACCGAACCUUCACAAACAAAACCACCUUGCCAAUCCCACCCCGACUAUUGUAAAAAAUGGCACCAGAGCUCAAGUCCAAGAAGCGCAAGGCUGCUGCCAACGACGACGAGGUCGAGGUCGCAAAGAAGGAGAAGAAGGUGACUGUUGACACGCCUGCCAAGAAGCGCAAGACUGCUGAGAAUGGCACCCCCGAAGCCACGAAGACCAAGGCCACCAAAGCCGCCGCCCCGCCAGCCGCCGAGUCCCCCAAGGUAGAGAAGCCGACAACCAAGAAGGCCACCAAGGCUGCCGCCGUACCAGUCGUCGCGGAGGCCACCGAGGAGAAGAAGGGCAAGAAGACCAAGGCUGCCGCUGCACCAGUUGUCGCCGAGGUCACCGAGGAGAAGAAAGGCAAGAAAGGCAAGGCCGCCGAUAAGCCUCUCUCCGAGAACAGGAAGAAGUUGAAGGAGAUGAAGGACGCCCCCGACGCCGAAGCCUCCGCCCUCAAGGCCAAGAAGGCAAAGGCCGCCGCCCCCGCUGCCGUCGAGGCCGAAGUCGAAGCUGAAGCCCAAGAAGACUCCGACAUCGAAAUGGACGACCAAACCGCCGCCCUCCUCAAGGGCUUUGAGAGCGACGACGACGACGAAGCCGUCAACGGCGCCUCAGACGAGCCCGGCUACACCGGCGAGCCCAUCCCCGAACUCUCCAAAAAAGCCAAAUCCAAACUCGCCAAGCUCGCGGCCCAAAAAUCCGUCUCCGCGGGUCCCGGCACAGUCUACUUGGGUCGCAUCCCUCACGGCUUCUACGAGCACGAGAUGCGCCAGUACUUCAAGCAAUUCGGCGACAUCACGCAGCUGCGCCUGUCGCGCAAUCGCAAGACGGGGAAUAGCAAGCACUACGCCUUCGUCCAGUUUGCGUCUGCGGAUGUGGCGGAGAUUGUUAGUAAGACUAUGGAUAAUUACUUGCUGUUCAAGCAUAUCCUCAAGUGCAAGGUCUUGCCGGAGGAGCAGGUCCAUGCUAGUCUGUGGGAGGGCGCGAAUAAACGCUUCAAGAAAGUACCCUGGAAUAAGAUGGAGGGACGUAAGUUGAGCGCUGGUUUGGAUGAGGCGGGGUGGGAGAAGCGCAACGCGAAGGAGACGCAGCGGAGAGAGGAGAAGAAGGAGAAAUUAAAGGCGAUCGGAUAUGAAUUCGAAGCCCCCGCGCUUAAAUCCGCGAAGGGCAUCCCGAAGAGACCGCGUGGGAAGGUUGUUGUGGAUGUUGAGCCCGAGGUUGAGGCUGCCGAGGCUGAGGUCGAGAAGGUUGUUGUUGAGGAGCCAAAGCCCGUCGCCGAGGUCGUCGUCAAAGUCGCUGAGCCAGUCAAGGAAUCCAAGCGCAAAGCCGACACCGUCGAGACCGAGGAGCCGAGCAAGAAGAAGCAGAAGAAGGUUAAGCCCAAGGCCUCCUCCGACAACCUCAAAGCCACCACCACCACCGCCACCGCCGCCGAGAAGCCAGUUGUUGUCGUGGAGAAGGCUACUAGACCCAAGAGAGCUGCUGCUGCCGAGAAGAAGGUCGUCAAGGAACCUGUUGUCGUCGCUGCGAAGCCCGUCGCUGCGAAGCCUACCAAGGCCAAGAAAGCCGCCGCUGCUGCCGUCGUAGAGGAGAAGGCUGAGAAGCCUGCUAAGAGGGUGAAGAAAUCCAAGGCUUAGUUGUGCCUGUCUAUUGCUACUAUAAGGAACUCUUGUUGCGUUGCUUCAUAUUAGAGAUACAGCUACAGCUACAGCUACAGCUACAGCAUUGGGCGAAUACCACAUUGUACCGCUGAAGAUGAGGACGCAAUUUGUAUGGAUGGCUGUGAUGGGAGAGAGGGUUUCUGGGUGUUACUGGGUGCUUGCUCGUUUGUUUGUGCAGAGGCUAGUUAGCUAUGGCGUGUGAGGGAAUAUGAAUGAUUUUGCCAUCAUAUUAUGGUGGUAAACUUUGGUGUAUCUCUUGAUGAAUUACUUGUGAAUUUCGUAAUUGAUUGGACGUGAGUGAAGCAACUAUAGGGAAAGGCGAGAUCCUGCAAGGUAGCUUGCCUUUGAGGCAGUGGUGUAAAUCCGUCACAUAGAAACACUACACAAUAUCAAAUCACACUAUGAACUCUUGAAAACCACUUCAAAUAUGUUUCCAUUACUGAGCCACCCCCCACAAGGUGCACCCCUCCAAUAUGUCGGUCCGUCCCUUAAAACGGACAAUGCCGUGUGUAUAUGUACAGCCGGUCAUGAAUAUAUGCAGUUCCCUCCCCUAUUACAAUCACCCCCCUCCCGCCAAACAAAAUGCAUUGCCAAUGCAAGAUUUAUCCUAUCCCCCAG